AUGAGCAGAAACGGGGACGCUGGCACAGGCGCAUGGGUGAAGGGAGGCAGGCUGCACACCGAGGCCGCAUCCCAGGGCCCCAGAGGGCCCGGCGCCAGGCCAGAUGGGGAGACCGAGACCUCCUCACCCAGCUGGGCAGGGCCCAUGCUGGUGUCCAUGCCCAGACCCACUGGCAUCGGCAAGGAUCAAGGCCAGGCUCAGGGACGGAGCAGUGGCUGCCGCAGCCGCGGGGUCUGCUGGGACAGCGUGUGCACGCGGGCGUGGUGGGGGGACCAGCGCCGCCUGGGGGCACCAGUGGCUGGGCUGGCCUCGCCCACAGCAGCCCCGUGUGGACCCCGCGGAGCCCCAGGAAGGCAACACACAGGACGGUUGAUGCGGGCAGAGCGGGACGGCCCUCUCUGCCUCCACGACCCACAGCGCACACCUUUGAUGCUAGGUCUCAGCGGCACCAUCUGCAGAAUGGGUGCAAAACACGCUCUCCUGCACCUCCCCAAGCAUGUUUUCAGGCUGGCCUCCCAUCUGAGGAGGGCUCUGCUCAACAGCCCCGGUUGA